ACACACACAUGCCGUGUCCCCCAGAGAUCUUUCAGUGCUGAUCUCCUCUGCUUUUGUGAAACAGACUAACUUGGCACUCUCAACUUUUGCAGAGGGUCUCAUUUGUACCUUAUUUAAUUCUUAUUUUGUUUGUCGCCUAGAAGUUGUGACGCCAGCCAUCAGUGCAGUGCAGCCCACUCUUCUUCUCCUUUUCUUUUUCAUACCUCUGGAUCUUUUUUCUCUUCUUUUUGGAUUCUAAACUUUCUCCGUCUGGUACUUUCUUGAUUCAAAGAGCUCACCUUCCCUUCUCUCUCCCCCCAGUCUCCCAUCCCUUUUAGCUGUUCCUUUUUUCUGUCCUUUUUUUCUGGCUAUGCACCAUGCUGUCCUCCCCUACUGUAAUCCUUCAGCCCUACGGACUCCCUGUUUACCCCCAGACAGCCUCCUGCUACCCCAGCAUUGUACAGGGUCCCGCUGCCCAAGAGGCGGGGCCAGGCAAUGGUGACCCUUCACUUUCCCAGGUAUAUGCCCCGCCUCCAUCAUAUCCUCCACCUGGACAAGGCCCACCCACACCUGCUGCCCGGCUGCCACCCCUCGAUUUCAGCGCUGCUCAUCCUAACUCUGAAUAUUCAGAUCAUCAUCAGUUGAGAGUCUAUCAGGGCUCACAGCAUGACGGGACAGAGUCUAUAACUGCCAAUAACACGGACGAUUCUUUAGCACCUGUGACAUCUGACCCACAGUCUGUCAGUGUUCCUGUGGCGUCUGGAAGUGCAACAGGAAGUGGAACUGAGGAGGAAGGAGCUGGAAAGGCUCAACCCAAAAGGCUUCAUGUUUCCAAUAUCCCUUUUAGGUUUCGGGACCCAGACCUCAGGCAAAUGUUUGGGCAAUUUGGCAAAAUUCUAGACGUGGAGAUCAUCUUUAAUGAGAGAGGAUCAAAGGGUUUUGGAUUUGUGACAUUUGAAAGUGCAGUGGAAGCAGAUCGAGCGAGAGAGAAGCUCAACGGAACAAUCGUCGAAGGAAGGAAGAUUGAGGUGAACAACGCCACAGCGAGGGUGGUAACAAAAAAGCCGCAGACGCCAUUAGUGAACGCUGCUGGGUGGAAAAUCAAUCCAGUAAUGGGAGCCAUGUACGCCCCUGAACUUUACACAGUUGCCAGCUUUCCUUACCCUGUUCCCACACCGACCUUGGCCUACAGAGGCUCUGCCCUCCGUGGACGUGGUCGGGCAGUUUACAAUACAAUCCGCUCAGCUGCAGCCGCAGCCACCCCAGCCGCAGUACCAGCCUAUCCAGGAGUGGUGUAUCAAGAUGGAUUGUAUGGUGCUGAAGUCUAUGGAGGAUAUCCAGCCACAUAUCGAGUGGCCCAGUCCGCCUCAGCAGCUGCAGCAGCCACAUACAGUGAUGGUACGGAAGAGUGUAUACCACAGCAACAGACCCCUACCAUCACUCAGUGGGACCCACCACCACUUACGGAGUUGGAACAAUGGCCAGUUUGUACCGUGGAGGCUACAACCGCUUUACUCCGUACUGAAUAAAAUCAGCUCUGUGACUCACGUCUGACAAACGAAGAGACUUUCGCUUGCUGUGUGAACUGCUAUCUGCUGAGGAACCGUUUGGUCUUGAGAUUGUAAAUACUGCUAAUAUUUAUUAGGGAAAAAAGGUGAAUCCAGGCUGAAGAUAUAAUGAAUUAUAUUUAAGGACUUUUAUUUAAUUCUUAAUUUAAGAAAAUACCCCACCCAAAAAAAGAAUAGUACUUACUUAUCAGACAGUGUCUAGCUGAUCAUGUUAUGUAUAGUACAGAUACUUUCAUAAUAGUGGCGUGAUAUGGAAGUUAUCAUAUAGAAGUUAUUAUAAGUUAUCGAGCCUCACAGGGAAAAAGAGUUCCCAAAGACUAAUUUUAUAUCUGUUGCACUGCUGAAGGAUGAAAUACAAUAGAUAGCCUAAAGACAGAUAGCUCUAGUGAAACUUUCCCCAGACUGAGAAAUGCAAAACUCUGAACCUGUCUAGUAUGUACAGGACUGUGUGCGUGUUGGAGUGUCUUUGGAGUGUUCGAGUGUAUGUAAUUUUUCUGCUGUCACAUGCAGUACUGUGAGAUACAGCAAUGGCACUGGGGUUGGUGAUAUACAGUGUGUUCUCUCUAAAUGUCAUCUACCUCUGAGCUAAACACCUCUUUAUUCUAAACUAAUGCAAACUAUUCACCUGCUUUCUUAUGGAGCUACUUCAAAUGAUUUUGUUUUUGUUUGUUUUUACGAAAAAAUUCUGGUGCUUUCCUCUUUGAUUUUCUCCAGUCAAUUCCUGUUAAGUCACGCCGUUCAGUCAUUUGUGGUCCAUUCGUCAUUUAAAUGCUAUCUUUGCUUCAAUAACUACUUCUGUAUUCUUUUUCUGUCUUUAUUUUUAUCUUUUGCCACUUAAACUUUCAUGCUUAUUUUAACCUGUUGUGUGCUUUACUUCCCUUUACUGUUUGCUUUCAAAUACUUUAUUCUUUCUUAACUAAAGGCUUUGUGCAUUCAUUUCUGCUUAGGAUCAUUUUAAAUGCCAAAUUACUAAAAAACAAAUCAACAUUUAUUUUGAAGACUAUUUAGAUGUUUAUUAUAAUCUCUAGAGAAAUGGUCUGUGCCUUUCUUUCUUUCUUCCUUCCUUUUGUUUUUCUUUCCUUCCUUUUCUUUUUUUCCUUCCUUUUAUUUUUCUUUCUUGCUUCCUUCCUCCUUUUACUGAUUGUUUUCUUCUACUAAUAAACUUCCUCCUUUAGUGUCUCUAGAACAGGGAUCUCCAACCCUGCUCCUAGAGAGCUACCAUCCUCCAGACUUCAGUUCCAGCCCUGCUCCAACACGUCUGUAAUUGUCAAGUAGCCCUGAACACCUUGAUUAACUGGUUCAGGUGUGUUUAAAUGGGGUUGGAGCUGAAAUCUGCAGGACGGUAACUCUCCAGGAGCAGGGUUGGAGACCCCUGAUCUAGAAUCUCCUUUACAUAGGGUGGCCAUAUGCGCCGUCCAUACGUGACAGCGAUGCAGAUAUGCGCACGUGUUUGUUCGUUUGACUUGAAGCGUCGCUGCGCACUGAUCAAAAAAGACCAAAGUAGGUGCGAGAGCGAUACGAAAGCAUAAAGAGCCAUCUGCUUUGCUCUCAUGAAUGUCACACAACGAUCGACCUGCACAGUGCAAAUAGCCAAAACCUGGAUUUUAGGCAAUAUUAAAAUCCUGGACGGGACGUGUCCCGUACUUUACACUUUGAUAAUAAUUUCUACCACAACUGGAAUUAAUAUUAGCUAUAGCCUACUAAUUUAAACAAUUAUUAUCAAACAGUUAUUUAAACUGCGUGUUUUCUGCGUAAAAGUAAGCGUCGUUUUUGGCUUUGGACUAAAACAAAAUGCAGAAGGGCUUAUUAAAAAAAUCCAAGUUCAUUCUUCAUUCUUCCGCUUUUCGCCAGGAAUAGCCAUUUCCCCGGUAACCUCAGUAAACAAAGCAGCGCAGCACCUGAUUUUGCAGCUUGUAGCACUCAUAUAUAAUAAAUUAAACCAUAACUUUUUAAAGUGUAAGCUAGGCUAUAUCUCAAUUUGUAUAUUUGUUUUUUUUUUUACCGGAGCACCAGUCUUCUCCUCCCGUCCCAUUUCUACCAGUGAUCCUUUCCUUCCCGCGGUAUUCAUCACUGUUGUAGGUUACCAAGUUGAGGGGAUAAAUGGGUUGACAUUUGUAUGUGUCGAUUGUGUGAGAAGGAUGCGUUUCAUACAAGAUCUGGCAACUGGGCAACCUUGGAAUUUGUUGACGUGAUUAUUCAUUUAUUAUUCCAGGUUUAGGCCAUACAAAUUACGGGAGUUUUACCGGAGGCGAAUGUAGCAAACAUAUAAAAUACGCCCAGUGGGAUUUUUUUUAUAGAAAGAUUAAAAAUACGGCAGAACUACGGGAAAAUAUUUAAGAGGGAUAGAAUAGUAUAAUACGGGAGAAUCCCGGGAAAAACGGGAGGGUUGAGAGGUCCCAGCGCCUUUUAAUAUUUCGUGUUUCAUUUGUUUUUUCCUUUUUGUUUUUUCAUUUUAUUCUCUGGCUGUCUGGUUUAUUCUUGUUUCCAUUUCUUUGUUUCUCUUCCUGUUUUGUCUCUAUUGCCUUCCAUCUGGGCUGAUUUUGCUGUGCUUUUACUCGUGCAAGUUUUUUGAUAUUGUAAUCUGAUACUUCGAAUCUUCUUUCACUUUGACUCUCACUGUGCACAAGGCUCAUUAUUUAUUCUUGUAGCUAAUUUCCUAAUAUUGCUCCUUGUGCGCUUUUCAUUUUCUGUAUGCUUUCUUUUCACUUCUCUGCUCUUCUUUUUUCCUACACUUCCUUUCUUAUGUUCACUUUCUUCAUUUCUUCUGCAUUUAACCUGUUAUGCUUUAGAUUUUCCUGCAUUUCUUGUAGUGUUCUAUUUAGAGUUUAUAAAUUUUCUUUAGUUCAUUAAAUUCCUUCCUUCUCUUUUUUUCUAUCUCUUUCUACAAGACAGCUUGAUUGUUUUAUCUCACAGCUAUUACAGGACCCUGUGAUGUCAUUGCUGUAUCAUGUUUUUGUUCUUUUUCAACUCACUAAAGUGUAAGCUACUCUGUGGCUGAAUUGUACAUUAAAGCCGUCUAAUUAUGUAA